GCUUAUGCAUCUUUUUGUUCCGAAGUUGGUGGUGUUUGACCACGGUCCAUGAACACACCAUUGAGCCCGCAAAUAUUGUUAUCGAUUCGUCCUCAGAAGAAACACUUGGAAACAUUAUCUUGAAGUAUGACGCACUUGCGCCACUCUAUGGCUUUACGCAGAACCUUUCUCUUCUUUUCCACUGUGGCUGUCUGCACUGCACUUUGCACUUACCGCCUUGCUGGCUAUGAUUACAAAAGGAAUCCGAAGGUUUACAGUCUUUUGAUGAGUCGGGUCUUACGGAAUGGAUUUGUCAACCUUGAAUGACUCGUAUUAGGUUCAGAUCAUGCAUAUCUUGUGGCAGUAAAAGGAGUCAACAUGGGUCGCCCGGUGACGGGACUCUGUUCAAUAGAUUUCAGCUCCCAAUGGAGGCAUACCGGAUGAGAUAUAAAAGCCCAUUCCCGAGCCAUUUGAAAUAGAUAUCUAACAGCACGGACGGAAGAUUCUGAAUACAUUGACUAAUAGAUCCAAGAACAUUAAAUCAAAACAUAUUAAUACUAUUGACAGCCCGCUUAUCAUCGACGGCAUUACAUCAGUCGAGACCUUUUCCAACUGCGUUAAGGGCUGUGGACUUGGGACACCAGGCACUUGUCAAAGCUCACUAUAGCGUCUUUAGCAUCUGAAGCGUCGGUGUCUCCGUUUGAAAAUCAUCAAAGGUAUUAAGCUUUGAACUGUGGCAAUGGAUGGUCAGCGAAGAGAGCAGCACCUGACCCAGAGCAACGCAAUAAUUAAAUUAUGUGUCGCC